CUGCGAAAUUAAUCAUUUCGUGAAUUGUAUUGUUUCCUGUCAUUUCGCGAAAAAGUAUAGGAGCGUGUUUUUUAACCGGAUGUAGUUUAAUUUUCACUAGGCAACAAGAUAAAUACAUAACACUGUGAAUGAAGAAGGGGAAACAAAAAUAAUUAGGCUUGGUAACAUCAUCAAUUAAACAUGGCAGCUCUAGCACCACCUAAGCAACCAGGGACAUACACAUUUGCCAGUCAGCCUCGGGCUGUCCCUCAAAGAAAAAAGUACAGAGACCCUUUAGGACAACAAGAUCCUGAAGCCCACAAUGCUCCACAAUAUGGAAACAUUAUGUAUGAUAGACGUAUAGUCAGAGGUAAUACAUAUGCUCAACAUACACUGCCAGCUCAUGCUCAGCCAGAUCCCAUUGAAAUACAAAGACAGCAAGAGAAUAGACGACGUGCCAUCGCUAGAAAACGUGCGAAGGAACAGCUUCGACCACGAUCUCCCGAGCCUGUAGAAGGGCGUAAACAUAUAGAUGUACAAACAGAAUUAUACCUGGAAGAGUUGAGUGACCGUGUAGAAGAAGCGGAUGUAGAAAUUCAAACUGAUGCAUUCCUUGACCGACCUCCAUCACCCAUGUUUGUUCCUGCUAAGACAGGCAAAGAUAUUGCAACUCAAAUACUGGAUGGAGAUCUUUUCGAUUUCGAUAUAGAAGUGAAACCAAUUCUCGAGGUUCUUGUUGGUAAAACUGUUGAGCAGUCUUUACUUGAGGUAAUGGAGGAGGAAGAACUUGCAAAUCUACGAUCUCAGCAACGAGCCUUUGAGGAAUUGCGCAAUGCUGAGUUUGUGGAACAACAGAGAUUAGAGGAACAAGAACGUAGACAUAGAGAAGAAAAGGUAAAUUAAAAAGGAAACCAAAUCA